AUGUCGAGGCCGUGGAGGUCGGGGCCGAGAUUGUGGACUUCGGCGGAUUCGGGAGAGAGUGUGGUGCCGAGUGUGGCGACUGCGUCGGUGACCCAGUCGGUAUCCGUGGCGAGUGAGGCCAGUGUGGAUGCGAGGGUUGGUUUGGGAGCGGAGGCUGCUCCGGGUUGGGGUGGUGCUCUGGCUCAGGGUCUUGAUGACUUAGUGGUGGGUUUGCUGACGCAGUUAUUGGCUCGUUUUCCGCCAGUGGUUCCACAAGGGGCUCCGGGAGUACCUCCAGUGGCAGAGGUGCAGCAGAGGGCUGCGGGAUUUGUUCAGCUGCAGGCUGUGGGUUUGAUGGUGCCGUCCUACUUGGAUAUGUUGGGGCACAUGCAGAGGAUUGGUAUGCCGUACUUUGAGGACGGAGUUAGCCUAGAGGCGGCAGAUGAGUGGCGUCAGAGAUUGGAGCGGAAUUUCCAGUCUAUCAGAUUUCUGUGGGCGGUUUUGAGUCCCACGUUUUAUUCGACUCUGGAGCAUCGAAUUGCUUCAUUACACCGGAGCGUGCCGACCUUGUUAGUGGGCGGUUUUGAGUCCCACGUUUUAUUCGACUCUGGAGCAUCGAAUUGCUUCAUUACACCGGAGCGUGCCGAGAAGAGUGGCAUCCGGAGUAGCGCGAGCGAGAGCGCGGGCAUGGUCAAGGUGGCGGGAGGUGGAUUCUUGUCUACUUUGGGCCGUGCUAGAGGAGUCGAGAUCGAGAUUGCGGGGCAGUCAAUGCCAGCAGACUUAGUCAUCAGUCCGGUGGAGCUGUAUGACGUUAUUCUCGGGAUGGACUGGUUGUCACACUAUCGAGUUCAUCUGGAUUGCUGA